UAAUUAAUUUAUUAACGAAGCGACCGUGUAUGUACAUAUAUAUAUAUAUAUAUAUAUAUGUAAUAUGAAUAUAUGUAUAUACAUAUCACGCAGGAGAAUGGGACAAACGCAUGUACUGUACAUGUGUAUAUACACGUACACGACAGAGAGAGAUAUACGUAUAUAUGUAGAUAUAUAUAUAAAUUAUAAAUAUAUACAUAAAUUAAACCUAAAAAGAAAAAGAGAAAGAAGAAAUAUCGAGAAAUCACGUUGAAAAUCACGGUGUAAGAAAGGAGAACGGGAACGCAGAGUACGAGGAGAAGAAAAGAUGGGGAAAAAAAGAGCUGGGGAGAAAUGUUUUUCGAGGUUAAAUUUUCACGUCGUCGUCGUCGUCGUCGUCGUCGUGCCAGAGAUGGUUUACGAUGAAAAAGGAUGAGGAGAGAGACCAACUCUCGAAAGAGAGAGAGGGGAGAGAAAGAACGAGAGAGGGAGACGACACAUAAGGAGAUUUGAUCGAUGUGGCACGUACGUACGCAUUCGGAGACGCACCCUUACGUCGUUCGUCACGAGACAAUUCGAUGUUGUCCACGGGGCAAAAGAACCGCCACGUUGUUCGUUCUUAUUUUACCCCCUCCCCACUUUGAACCCCGCCACCACCCACCUUCCAGCCUUGUUCCACCCGUUCUUUCCGUUCAAUUGUUUUUCUUCUGAAACGCUCACACCUGUUGCCUUCGCGCACGCACCCACCGAUGCACGCACACAGCAGCCGGAAACCAUCCUCGAGAGGGGACACGAAGAGGCAAGAAGAAUCGAGCUGGAGACGAGGGAUCGAACGACGAUAUCCGAAUUGGAAGCGAAAGUAUCCUCCUUGGAAAUAUUGUCGAAGGAACGAUCCUCUUGCUCGAAGAGAAUCAAGGACGCCAAGAAUUUCAGUUUCGAGGAUGACGAGGGUUGGAAGAAAGAGUUGGAAACGAAGAAUAGAAGAAUAGCCGAAUUGGAGGAUCAAUUGAUGGUUUGCAAGAGCGCGAAGAACAGCGACAACGAAUGCACCCAAAGCCUGAAACUGAUCGAUGAGCUGAAGGAGGAGAAGGAGUCGUGGAGGAAGGAGAUGAGAGCGAAGAACGAUCGAAUUGUGCAGCUGGAGGACGAGAUAGAGUCGUUGAAGCGUUUGAUCGAGGAGUAUAAAAGAUUCGAGGACAACGAAGCCGGAAUACGAGAUAACGAUGAGGCAUGGAGAUUAGAAGUGGAGACGAAGGAUCGACGAAUCGUGGAAUUGGAGCAAGAGAUGGAGUCGUUGGAGAAUUUUCUCAGGGAGCACGCGGAUACCGAGAGUAUACGAGACAUGGAGAUCGUGAUCGAGAGGAAGGCGAGAAGAAUAGAGGAGUUGGAAGAUACCGUGGCUGAAUUCGAGGAUUUCCUCAAACAGAAUCCCGAUGUGAAAGAGUUGCACGAGCUGCGUUGCCAAGUGACAGCUGGAAACAGACGAAUUCAGGAAUUGGAGAGAUGGAUCCAGAAGAACGAUGAGAAUAGAGAGUCUAGGAUCGAUCGGGAAAGAGUGAUCGAGUUGGAGGAAAUGGUGACCCAAUUGGAGGAGUACGUGAGGGAGCACAAGGUCGAUGUGUUGAAGAGAAAGCUGGAAGACAGGGAGUGCAGAAUCGAUCAAUUGCAAAAUCGCGUUGGAUACUUGGAAAAGGAAUUAUUGAAGGUCGAAGAGGCUCGUCGAGGUAAAGAAACGCAAAAGGGCGAUCAAGAAAAAGAAACAAGGGAUUCUCUCUCUGCUCAAAUGGUGGAAAAGAAUUUCGAAAAGGAACAGAAGAUGAAGAAGAUGGAGCACGCUAUAUCCGAGAAAGACAACAAGAUACAGGAGUACGAACAGCAAAUCGUUGAGAGCAAGGAAGAGAUAACGAAGCUCGGUAAGGAGAUAGCAAGCCUGAAGAAGGAAUUGAGCGAGUACGCCGACAUCGGUGUUCUGAAGGAGGAAAUUAGAGUGAGGGACGAGAAGAUUCAACAACUCGAGGACGAAGUGGACUCGUUGGAACGGGCGUUCAGCGAGAGAAUCGAUCUGGAGCAAAUCGAGGAGCUGGUGAACGUGAUCAAAGAAAAGGAAGACAAGGAACGACAAUUGUCGAAAGAUCUGACGGACAAAAGAUACAAGAUCGAGGAGCUCGGCGAAGCUCUUCGCGAGAGUGUCGUCAUCACGAGCGAAAGCGAGAGAAAAUUGAAGAACGAGGAGAAAUUGAGGCAGGAAGCUGUUCAAAGGAUGACCAAGUUGGAACAGAGAAUUGCCUCGAUGCAAUCCGCUUCGGCAUUAAAAUGUAUCACUUGUCAACCUCUUCUAUCGAAAGUGCAGAAAUACGAGAAGAAACUGAAACGUCUCACGGAAGAGAGAAUCGUGCAGCUCGAAGAUCUCCGUCAAAUGAAGUAAGCAAAUAGAAUGAUAGUUUUGAAUACUUUCCUAUUAAUAUCACCUGUGAUAAAAACUUGUUGUUUUUUUCUUUUAUAACGAUAUAGACGAGAAGCUCUGAAAGCUGCAGUUUCCGAAAAAGACGCGCAUCUAGCUCUAUUGGAACUUUCCGGGAUAAAAACUGCCGCCCAAUCCGAGCAAGCCGAUCAACUGACGGCAGAUAGGAAGAGGUUACUGGAGAAGCUGAAGAAAGAGGAUGAGAAAAGCAUCGAGUUAUCGGUGGAAUCGAAUCCAACGUGUUCGGAAGGGACGCCACAACUGCUCGUCAAGGUUUUGGAAACAUCCGACGACGACGAUGAAGAAGCAAAGAACGAUCGUCGCAGUGAUUCGAGUUCUUCCAGACCGGCAACUAGGAAUGGCAACAGUUGUGCUGAUUCAGAGAAGACGUCGACGGAAUCGGAAUCGAGAAACGAUCGAGAGCAGGCGAACAACAGAAGCGACAAACAGGAUAGCAGAUAAGUAGACCAGGCCAGUCGUAACGAAUCGUAGAAAGAAAGCGAAAAAAAAAAUAUAUAUAUACGCUAUCGAUCUUCUUCGUUUCUUCGAUGUUGUUACGUGCACACACACGCAACUGUAGAAGCAAUCUAGAGCAUUUCUAGAGCAUUUAGAGAGAAAAGUAAAAAAAAAAAAAAAAAAAAAAGAAAAAAAAAGUAAUAAUAAUAACCGACAAACAGGCAACAGUGAUACCUCAUCGACAUCGACAGCGACAAUACAAGCAAACAACAACAUCCCCAGAACAACAUGGUUCAUCACUUCAUCAUUUUAUUAAUCAUCACGAUCAUCAUUAUCGUCAUUAUCGUCAUCCAUCCAGUAAUCAUCAUCCAUCCAGUAAAUCAUCAUCCACGUCUCAACCCCUUGCUACAAAUUCCAAAAAGGAAUCGGCCAAGGAGGAUUCAGUGGGGGCAGUUGGUAGCUUCGUUUCGAAUCGCAAAACGUCGCCAUGCUUUCUUUCGCCUGAAAGUUUCUGGAAAAUAGAGAAAGAUCGGUCGAAGAUGAAAUAAUAAUUCGUUCGAUCGAUCUCGAGUCGAAAAUUAACGCGUGAAAAUUUUUCGUUUCUGAUCCGUUGCGAACGAGCCGUUGAAAUUACCGCUUUGCGAAGCUCGACGAUUUUACAGCGUCAUAAAAGAAUAAUUGGUGAACAGUAAAGGAUGAUCGAGACAGAGCGUCGACGGAAGAUCGAUUACACUUGUUAUUAUAGUAUCUAGAUAGUUUUUUCAGUAGUAGACGAGUUGAUUGCAUGUCUCAUGAUCGUCCGGGGAUGCUCUGUUUCACGGGGAUCAAUGAAUCUGCAUGCAUUUUCCAUCCAAUUGAUUUUCCUGCCAAGUCGGUUGCCACUACGUCGAGUUUCGUUCAAGCGCUCGAUACUUAUUGUCCCGUCGCUCUAUGAACAUUCAGAAAAAUAUUUCAGAGAGGGUGAAACGCGACGUAAGGAUAGUAAUUCGCACUUCGUCAAAAUGUAAAACGUGAAAUUCGAGGGGAAAAAAAGAAAAGAAAAGAAAUACGAGUGUGAGGAGAAUUAUAUCCCCUCGGAAACACCUUAUACACCUUUCUAUAUCGAUUUGAUUGAAAAGAUUACAGAGAAGUCACGUCAAGUCGAUCAAUUCCGAGAAUAUCGUAUUCCCCGUCGUUAUUUUCUUCCCGUUGUCCGUGGAAAGAUGCAAGACGCGAUCCAAUGGAAAGGACGGAAGUAUGUACGGGCAGUUUCACUCCUUUCCUUCUUUUUUUUCUUUUUUUUUUUUUUUGGAUUUCUUGUCACGGGUCCAAAGAUCGUCGUUUGUAUAACGAGCGCAUAGAACUCUAGUUGAAGGGAACGGAGAAUAAAAAGAAUAAUUACGAGAAAAACGAGAAACAAAUAAGAAAUUAACGAGGCGAAAGAUAUAGUUAGAUAGUUAAGAGGGAAAAAAGAGGUACGUAAAAUGAGGGGGAAUAUAAAACGUGAACUGCCGUUGGAAACAAUGGCGAAACGUUGUUUCGAGAUUUAAUGAAGAAAUGCACGAGGACGAAAGAGUGAAAGAGAGAUUGGAGACAAGUGGUGCUGAUUAGCUUUCAAGAUGACAAUAAACGAACAUUUCGUGCACGCUCGAUGAUCUUGCGAUGCAGAUAACAAAUAAAAAUAAAAAAAAAAGAAGAGGGAGAAGAAGAAGAAGAAAGAGAAAGAAAAGAGAAGAAAAUUCGGACGCACGAAAAAAACGCACUUUUCUCUCCCAUCGGGGGACUCGUCGAUUUAUCGUUCCGAAUCUUUUAAAAUCGUUGCACGAUUCUGUAUCUAGAAUCAUCCAUCGUUCAUUGGGAAAUGAAGGGAAACGAGACAAACGAGAGAUUUUCUUCUAGGUUCGUAGAAUCGAAAGAAUCUGAAACUAAAAGGAAAAAGAAAAAAAUAAAUAAAUAAAUAAAAACCUUCAUCGAAUCGAAUCGCGUGUGUUUAAUCGUGUGAUAGAUGAUUUAUGGCAUCGUUAAAGAGGGUGUGUUGUAAAUAUUAAUCGUGAAUUAUGCUACGAACGAAGCAUAUACAGAAGAAUUUGUAGAAAUAUUAUCAUAAAUCGCGUAUAAUUGGUAUGUUAAUCGAGCUACAGUUACGAUGAAGCGUAUAUAGAGAACUGUUGACGCAUGAACGACUUCCAUAUAGUUUCUCAGUCCCAAUUCACUUGGUAACGUGUCUAUUUUACGUUGACAGCCGUUGCAGAUAUUUAUGGAAAUUGUUGGAGAGAGAGCCUUCGUUCGUCGAUCGAUAGAACGAUAUUUAUUGUUAUAUGAGAUGAUCUUUACAUGUGUAAAUAGUCACGCAUAGAUACGUAUAUUUAUAAAUCAUACUUAGAACGUUUAAAUGGAUAAUUGAUACGUGUGAAUUAUGGUUACCGUUUGCUUUAAUAGCAGAGAUCUUCGAUUCUUCUUCGUUCACAUUCUUCUUCUUCACACACACACUUUAUAUCAUUCUUUAGAUAUUGUUGCAACUCUUCUGAAAAAUUUUAUCGCUCGUUUAUUCAAGAUAGAAUUUCUUCGAUCAUCCAACUUUCCCUUCCUCCCCUUUUCUUCGAACUCGUUUUUUUCCUUCGAGCUCGUUUCUAUUUCGAGGAAAUAAAACUUUCCAUUUGGAGUCUAUCUAGUCUAAAUAAAAUAAGGAUACAAGUUGCACCGAUAUCUAAUCGAGCUUGAAAAUAGAAAGCCUAAAACGAUGGGUUGAUUAAUUGAACGCGUGAAUUUUACUCGAUCUUCCAUCGAGAAAGUUAUCGAAGAAAUGAACCACUAUUACGAUUUAUAUAUAUAUAUAUAUACUACUAGUUCCAAACGAAUCCUCGAUCAUAGUCUCGAAACCGAACCAAAUAUAUAUAUAUAAAUACAUACACAUAGAUAACUCGUAACACGAAAUCAUCGAGCGUUUUCUUCGUGCGUCGAGAAAAACGCAAUCCAAGGAUAUACGUAGGAUUGUCCUGGACGAAGGAAGGAGGGACAGGAGCGGAAAUCACGUUAAGAGAAGAAUAAAAUUCUCCUUUUGAAGAAUGAACGCGUGUUUUAAGGGAGGACCGAUAAUUGGUUAUCGAUCGUUUCCGGGAAAAAACGAUAUCAUCGAUGAUUACAUAUUAACAUCAUAAAAUUCGAGAGAAGUGAAAUCGUGGGCUGGAAAAAAAGAAAAAAACAAUGUUCUCCACGCGUUAUGAUAAUCGUUACGCUUUGGCAGGAUCCGUUCUCGAGAGAAAGCGAGCGAGCGAGCGAGCGAGCGAGCGAGAGAGAGAGAGAGAAUGAGAGAGAAUUAUUUUUUUCUCAGAGUGCGAUAGAUUAAAAUUUUGACCGAUUUAUAUGGGACAGCAGGAUAAGAAAAAAAAAAGAAAAAAGAUGAGGAGAUCCGAGGCACUAAAAAAAUGACGAAGAAACGACUCGUUUGUACAUAAUUGUGCUUCGAUGUUUCUUCGAUAGCCCUGUUAAAGAUUAAAGACGAGAAAAAUUGCGCCCCACCACUGUGGUCCCCGCUGGUUUCUGUAUUCCAUUCCCCAAAUCGUACAGCUAGUCGUCUAGGGUUACCUGUGUACACAUAGUUAAAAAUAUCUCGGUAAAAUCGAAUUUGUCACAGCAUUUAAUCACCAGCAUACGAAGCUACGAACGCUGAGCGCGUUGAUUACCCGGCCGAGGUAAGGAUUUCGCGCUUUCGGAAGUUCGAGGCGAAGUUGGGCGAAGUUGAAUCGAAAGAUAGAUAAAGAUGUUUCGAGCGUGCGAUUCUUCCCGUGUCGAGUUCAUCCCGUGUUGCGAAAUUGAAGGAAAAAUCUGCGAGCCACCAGGUGGAUGAAUUCGCUCGAAAAGCUUUCGAGGGAAGCGGAAAUCUCGUGUGGUGGUUGUAAAACGAACGGCCCAUUUAUCGUCCAGCGUGUCCGCUCGCCGUCUACAUAUUACGAUUAAAUAAAUAAAAUAUAGAUUAUAUCGUGGUGUCUGCCGUUAACCAGGAGUUAAGCGACAUGUUGAAAGUGUAAAAUUUUAUCGUUAAUACCUUAAGAAGAAAAAGAAAAAAAGAAAAAUAGAAAAGCUGUCUUUAAUUCGUCGAUAAAAACGCUCUUACUCUAACUUGCUAGUUACACGACACACCUUUUUUUCCAUUCGAUCUCUGACGCGAAAAUAUUAAGGGGAAAAAAAAAAAGAAACCUUUCCUUUCGAAAGAUUCAAACGAUAAAACGCGAAUUCUACUGACCUAGAAGCCAGAUGAAUCGAAGGGCAUCGGAUCGUAGACGGGGCAGACGAGAGAGUCGAGAAUAUAGUUACAGGCGAGAAGCGAACACGGUUAGCAAUAAUUCUCGAAUUCUCUGCCCUGUGCGAACGAAAGAAUUUCAUCGGUUGUUAUUGCGUUCAUCAUCAGGGAUAAAAGUAUAUCCUUCUUUCGUCCCUCUCGACUCGAGCAUUUCCAAGCAUUGUAUAUGCGUAGCGAAUAGGGCACAGGUUCACUUAGUUUAGUUUGCUAAACGGCGGCCAUUCAAAUCAUCGACACGCUUACGCUUUAAACGCUGGCUAAAUCGCCAAUUCUUUCGAGUAAUAGUAAUCGAUGCAGGAAGGAUCGAAGGAACAAAUGUUUCUGUUUGAAGAUACGCGAGGAACGAGGACUCUCCCCGCUGGGAGGCAAAUUUCUUUUUGAGAAUUUUUGCGAGAUUGGAGACAAGACAAUCGAAGGACGGUGAGGCUGAUUAAAUCGAUAAUGAAUAACGAUAAUCAAAAAUAUCUAAUUUUUAUUUGAUUUACUUCGUGUCUCGUAAAAAAGAAUCUUUAUUCUCUUGGCACAAAAUAUUCAAAUAUUCGAAACAUUUGUGUGGAAGCAAUUCGAUAAAAUCGGGAGGGUUUUCGUUCCUUCGUUUCUGUAAAAAUGUAUGUUUUUUUUCGAAAAUUUAUCGAGUCGAGGAAAAGGAUGUUAAACGAGGGAAAAAAUGAAAGUGAGAAGAAAGGUUAGUAAACGUGUGCCACCGUCAUAUCAAGCCUAUAUCAUCGUGUUACAUUAUACAUAUUAUAUAUAUAUAAAAUAUAUAUAUAUAUAUAUAUAAUAUAGCUAAGCAAGAAAAAAAAUUAAUAUUAUCGUUAAUUGACACAAUUGUUAACGUGGAGUGACUGCAUUUCGUGUGUGCGUGUGUAUUGAUGAACAAACAAAUAAUAAUAAUAAUGAUAAAAAAAAAAGUCUUUCUUUCGAUCGCUCGAGAAUUGAGAAGGCCUGAGAGCAAAGUUUUCGAAUCUUAAAUGAUCUUCUUACUCCUUAUUGUCCGAAAUAUUAAACUAAUCACUUCAAUCAGUAAUAAAGCAAUCACUUUAAACAUUUAUCAUCGUAUCGUCUUUAUUAGAGAUUAAAGAGAAGAAAGUUGUAACCGUAGGAUAUAAUCACUUUAAUAAUUGAUUAAUUAUUCUUCAAUUUUAAGACUGUUCAAUGGAUAAACGAAAGAGGCGAAACGCGACGAAAUGCUUCGAUAUUGCAAUUACUGUUCUAUUUAAAAAAUAUAUAUAUAUAUAUAUAUAUUCUGUCCUCCGAGAUACGUUUGAAUAUUUAACGAAUAUUUAUCGAAUGAAAUAGAAGAAGAACGGUUAUUGUACGAAUUAUUGCGAAAUUUUUCGAUCUUGUCGUGGGAUAAGUAGAGAGAGACUAGAAAGACCAAGCGUUAACCAAGUAGUCGAUACCAGAAAAUGGAACGUACCCAUUUAUUUGAAAACGCCGGAACAGAAAUUCUGCAAAUUUCUUUCGCGGAUCUCUAUCUCUAGAUACACACGUACGUAUUAAUUGUAAACGAAAAGUGGCCAAAUUUCAAAAUUCUACGAGUUUAUAGGCGAUACGAAUCUUCUAGAGCGUCUGUGUUUCCAAAAAAAAAA